GGCGAGGAGGAGAAGGAGGGGCAGGAGGGUUUGGUUGAGCUGCAGCUGUUUGUCUGUUCGACACAGGCUUGGGGCCGACGGGGGAGACGGAGCCCCAGACUUAUCCCCUAUACCAUCCUCUGGAGACUCCUGCAUGUGUUUAGAAAGUAUACCUUUCUCUGCCUCUAAUUUGGAGGACUACAGCUGUUAGGCCUCUUUGGUGUGGAGGGUAAUCUAAUCCCUAGGCACCAGCAAGACAGCUGCAAGUUGACAGACUGUUGAAGCCUGGAAAUCCCCUCCCCUUCCCCCCCCCGCCUUUACGGCAUCCCCCUCCCUCCACCCUUUCCUACUCUGAUAAUCUGGCCAUGACUAGCAGAAGCACAGCUAGGCCCAAUGGGCAACCCCAGGCCAGCAAAAUAUGCCAGUUCAAAUUGGUCCUGCUGGGAGAAUCUGCAGUGGGAAAGUCAAGCCUGGUAUUACGUUUUGUCAAAGGGCAGUUCCAUGAGUACCAGGAGAGCACCAUUGGAGCGGCCUUCCUCACCCAGUCCGUUUGUCUAGACGACACAACCGUCAAGUUUGAGAUCUGGGACACAGCUGGGCAGGAGCGAUACCACAGCUUAGCCCCCAUGUACUACAGGGGUGCCCAAGCUGCAAUCGUGGUUUACGACAUUACUAAUCAGGAAACCUUUGCCCGAGCGAAGACAUGGGUGAAGGAACUACAGCGACAGGCCAGUCCUAGCAUCGUUAUUGCUCUAGCGGGGAACAAAGCUGACCUGGCCAACAAGCGUAUGGUGGAGUAUGAAGAGGCCCAGGCAUAUGCAGAUGACAACAGCUUAUUGUUUAUGGAGACUUCAGCCAAGACAGCUAUGAACGUGAAUGAUCUCUUCCUGGCAAUAGCUAAGAAGUUGCCAAAGAGUGAACCCCAGAAUCUGGGAGGUGCAGGAUGCCGAAGCCGGGGUGUGGAUCUCCAUGAACAGUCCCAGCAGAACAAGAGCCAGUGUUGUAGCAACUGAGGGGGUGGCUAGCAGCAAACAAGUAUGGAGCUAGCACGAGAGCUAAGAAAUAACCUCCAUCCCUACCCCUCAGCACACAGCCCCUACGGUAACAGCACACUGAGCCCUGGCUCCCAAGGGCUGCCUCCUGACAGCUCCGUCAUGGCACUUUUUAAUGCUUCAGCAACCAACACCAGGCAGCUGUUGCCACUGGCCUCCUACCCCCUACUCUGGGGCUUGGGGGUCAACUCCCCCCAGGACUUACCUUCCAAAACAAACUUUCUUCACUUUGUAUUAUAGGUACAAGACAGUGACUUACUUUUCUCCUCCUCCCUAGUGUUCCUCCCCAUUAUUUCAGAAAACACUUCUGUCUCCUGUCCCUUCCCCUUUCUGCUUUUGGUCAAUCCCUGUUCUUGAUCCUCUUUUCUCCUCUCCCCAGGAUGCAGAAGGUAGUAAACCCAGGAGCUGAGGAAGGAGGUUUCCAGUUCAUUUACAUUAAGGGCCCUGGGGGAGAAUAAAGCUCAGAGCAGGAGGGAGUAAGGAAACAUUUCCUUUUUGUUUUUAUUUGGUUUGAGUUUCUCAUAUUUGAAAACAUUGUGGUAUCCAUGAGUUGGCCUUGUAGAGGGUGUUCCUAGGUAGAGGUGAGAAUGGGGAGGCAAGCUCUCAGGCACCAGGCAGGAGGUGUCCUGUAAGCUAACUGGGCAGAGGUGGAGGUACAGUGUUAUCUGUGGCUCUGUAACUCUUCCAAGGCCCAGUUUCCCCUCACGCAGCCUCUUAGGUAGCAUUUCCCCUAUCAUGGGGAUUGGACCCCAGAGUCCUCCAAAGAAUCUUCACUGGUUGCCUGCAUCUUUGGCUCUGCUGUGAUCUAAUUGGAGGAGGGACCAGUUUCUGAUACCCAUCCUCUGAUUUAUACAUAUGCAUUUUUUUCCCUCUGGCCUUUAGAUGGCCUCAGCCCCAACUACCAUAUGCCCCUGCAGUUUGCACUUUAAUUGAUGGUAGUUCAGUUGGGGUACUUGUUUUAUGGAAGUUUUGAUUGAUUUCCCUGCCCUCCCACCUUCUUUUUAAUUCAAUGAAAUCUGAGGUUAAUAUGAGGUUUUGGGAGAGGUUAUAGAUAAAAUUACCAGUGGCAGCUAUUUAAGUCCAAUCUCCACUGUUAGCUUCCUCCAACUCAAUUCUUAACCUAUAUUCUUGCCAAUCUAGCUAUUGAGUAUAGGUUUGCCUUUCCUGGAGAAUUAACUGAGCAAUUGGGGAGUGUCUCAGGAUAGCAUAGGCCAAGGUAGGGGAGUAAAAAGGAGGUCAGGCAAAAGGGAGGAGUUUUCUAUCCUUUCCCAGGUUUCACACUCAAUUUGAUAUCCAUUACCAUGUCUUUUCUACUUCCCUGUAAAUAGAUACGAUCUUUAUUCCUACUGUACAGUCUGUUCUAUCCUCUGCCUCCCACCAGGCCCUGUUUCCUUUUUCCUUUGUUAAUAUCUUGAAUUUAGUCCCUCCAUUCUUAAUCCCCCCAUUCCUUUCCACCAUGCAACCAGUGGUUUAAUCCACGUACCACUAGGGGCUAGUACCACAGAGGCCUCCUUGUGGCGCCCUCAUAUCAUACCACCUGUUCCUGUGGACAGGGAAUGACCGGCACCGAAGGUACCUUACAACUGGCUCAUAUUAUCAGAGGACCUUGGUCCUUUCUAUAUCUUUAGCCUCUCUUCAUAUCCGUCAUUGGGUGUUUUAAGAUGUAUCUGGGAAGCCAUCAAGGCAAAAGAGAACUUUAAGUUCCUUGUUCCAGCCCAGAGUUUCGGGAAAGAAAGAAAGAAAGGAAAGGUCACAGUGACCUAGGAUUGGAACCUUUCUGCCCUUUUGGCUUGCAGACUGCCUUCUAUCCCAGAACAGCUGAGAAAUCUAUGAAGCUGAGAUUCUGAAGGACCCAGCUUAGGUUCUUCCACUUAGGCCUCAAUUCCCUUCCUUUUCCAGGGGCAGCCUUAGUUCCAAUGGCCCUGAAACACACACAUUUCCCCCUUCCUUUCCCAGAAGCCACUGGCCCCCACCCAAAGCACCCAGUGUAUCCUUUUUAUAAGUAGAAGAACUAGGUUGACUUUCUAAAGUCUCCUAGAAAUGAAAUUCUUUCUCUCUGCAGCUUUCCCCAUGGAGUAGGAGUGAAGAUGUCUCAUUGUCUUGGGGCUGGGAAUCCAUUUUCCCAGGCUUCUCCCUCCCCCACCCCCACAGAAACAGGAUUUGGCCUUAGCUUCUGGGCCUACCGGCUGCCUUCCCUCUACUUCCUACCAGCUCUUCUGCCUUCCUUUGAGCUCUGUUGGGCUUGGGGAUCUUAGGGUUUUUUUUUUAAUUUCCCAGCUCAUUUUUUUCUUCUGGUCAGUUUUUUCAAGGGGGGGGUGUUGUGGGUUUUGUUUUUGUUUUGCUUCUAAGAAAGUAUUUGCCUUUCUUCCUCUCCCAACAUAACAAUCGUGGUAACAGAAUGCGACUGCUGAUUUACCAAUGUAUUUAAUGUAAGUAAAAAAAGGAAAAAAAGAAAAGGGCAUUGGAGUGUUGCUUUUUUUUUUUUUUUUGCUAUUUGUUUGUCAGGUACUAGGAAUUUGGAAGAAAGGAUACCCAGUAAUGUUUUAUUGAAUCAGAAACACACCUUCCCCUGCAUCUUGGUACGUACGUCCUUAUUCCCUUUAAUCUUUUCUUAAACAUCCAGUUUGGAAAAUAUCCCUUCUAUUGCUAUUUAAUCACCCCUAUUCUAAGGCCACUAGAUUGUUCAUCAAAUUGAACCCUAUUGUAUCUUUUUUAGGCCAUCUUAACAGAAUGUGUAUGUAUAGGGUGUGGUCUGUGGAUCUUUGGGCCCAUUGAUGAGAUUGGAGGGAGGUGGUGCUAUUUGAAGUAGUAUACAAAAAUGUAUGUGCAUAUUUCUAGGAUCCAUUUUUAUAUGUUUCUCAAAGGGCUUCAUGACCUAAAGGUUGAAAAACAUCACUGAAUUAGUUUUUUGGUUGAUCUUGUGGCUUCCACCUCAAUGGGAAAAUUUCCCCUGGAUCUGCUCUUGACUCCUAGUGUACUUCAAACCCGUCAGUCCAUCACAGUCUAAAAGCUGAGGGAAGGGAGAUGAAAUAGAAAGGAUUAUGUAUAGUUGCAGAUUUUAAAUUCCAGAAAAUCUUAAGGAUAGGAAAGAGGAUUGGUACCAGACAAACCUGGCAUUUUAGGCCUGUCUCUGUCAACUUACAAGCUGUGGCCUUGAGAUCACGUUAGUGCUUUCUGCCUCUGUUUCUUCAUCUGUAAAAUAAAUGCUGAAGAUUAAGGUCAAUUAUGUAACGCAUCUGUGUAGCACAAAAGUAGAUGACACUAUUAGGAAGGAGGCUUUUUAGAUAAUCCCUAACUGACUUCUCUGUAUCUUCAUUGGGCUGAGACUGUUUUUUAAGUUGCAGCUCUCUCUAUGUUUCUUUCUUUUUUUUUUUUUUUUUUUUUUUAACUGGUAGGAUAGGUUGGGCAUCAGCCUUCUUCAAUAAUUUGAUUGUAUAUAGAUUGAAAUCCUUUCCAUUUCCAAGCACUUAAGAGGCAAAGCCAACUUUUCACUGUCGGUUCCCUUACCUUAUAUCUCUUAGUAACACCCCCUACUCCUAUUCAGUGAUUCUUGGUAAAAGCUCUAGUUGGAGAGCCGAAAGGAAAGGAAAAUGAUCUUUCAAAAUUGAAGGUGAAAACCUUCACUUAAACUGAUUAAAAUUGUAGCUCCACCCUCGGGCCUCUAGAGGGCAGUGUAUGGACACAUUGCCCAGGUUAGGGGACUAGGUUUGAUAAAUUUUGUCCUGCAUCAAACGAUAAAAGGGUAAUA